GUUGAUCAUCAGCCGAGUCUGAUGUCGUCGUAUGACAGAAACAGGCAAGUGUUAACCGGCUGAUUAAUACAUUAAAAUUGGUUAGAAAGAUUUUGUUAUGUUAGAACUAAGUUGUAGGUGAUAGGGAAAGUUUACUCCAGACAUUCCGCUUUGUCAUUUAUAAAUAUGGCCUCUAUACAGUCGUUAUUAGCAAGAGGAACAGUUUUAUUUACAGUUGGUGUCUUCUUUGCUCUAGUUUUAAAUCUUCUACAAGUACAACGUCAUGUGACCGUGUUUCCACCAGAAGUUCUAGCAAGUAUUUUCUCCUCAGCUUGGUGGAUUCCUCCCAGUUGUGGCACUGCAGCAGCUAUAAUUGGUUUAUUGUAUCCAUGUUUAGAUACGAAACUUGGUGAAACUCAGUAUUAUAAACGAGAAUGGUCAAGUGUUAUGAGAUGUGUUGCUGUGUUUGUUGGUAUCAAUCAUGCUAGUGCUAAAAUAGAUUUUGCUAAUAAUAUGCAGUUAUCAGUUACAUUAGCAGCUAUGUCUAUAGGAUUAUGGUGGUUAUUUGAUAGAUCUAGAAGUGGUUUUGGUCUCGGAGUUGGAAUUGCUGUAUUAGCUACGUUUGUUACACAGUUACUCGUUUAUCACGGUGUCUACAGAUAUACAGAACCAGACUUCCUGUUUGUACGAUCAUGGUUACCAUGUAUCUUUUUUUCUGGUGGUGUUACUAUGGGUAAUAUUGGUCGACAGUUAGCGCUGUAUGAUGGAGAUAAAGACAAGGAAAAGAAUGAAUGAAGGAAGCAGAGAUGAAUGAAGAGGAGAAAUGAAUCUGGUUUCUGAUCUUGUUUUAUUUUCCAUUUUAUAAUGGGCGUCUCAAAGACAUGGAUACCUCACUCCAUUAAUAUCACAUGAUUGAUUGAACCAACUUUGACCUCUGACCCUUUCCCUGUAAGGGCUAUGUAUAAAGGUUUGUGUGUGCUACUGUGGCAGGGUACUUGUCAAUGAAAUCUUCCAGGAUGCACAAAUACAGCUGCAUAUUGACUUGUGAAUACUCAGACUAAUUGAGUUGUUGUGGUGUAAACUGUAUAAAUGGCUGAAUGAAAGAAACAAUAACAUAUAUAUAUAUAUAUGAUGUGUCUGUUAGACUGUGUAUUAUUUAUAGUUUUAUCAGGCCUGGAACUUGUAUCAGACACAAGAUGUCAGACAAUAUCUCCAGGCUUGUUACCCUUGACCUUGUAUUAAUCAGGUGUGUGAUUUAUUAUAAAAGACUAGAUAUUGGUGAAACUAAUAGAUAUUGACAAAUCAUCUUACACCAUUAUGGUGUUAAUUAAAGAAUCAAGGCGACCCUCUUCAAAACAUCUUCAUCAAUUCUUGAUGUGACAUGACAAUUACAAGAUGGCGGUGAAGACGUGGUGAACUAUAAAUAUUGUAAAAUCAUAUUAUAAUAUUGUGAUCAUUCAUCAACAUGAUACUGGACUUUUAAAACUUGCUUUCAACUCUGUGGCCAGGAUGAAAUCCUUGUAAACAUGAGUUAUUUCCCUUGGUGGCUAGUUAUUAUAUAUGUUGUUGUGUUUGAGAACUCUAGAUAUAACCUCAUCUAGUCCAUGUAUUAUAUGUCUAUAUUGUAAAUAUUGUCCACAAUAAUAAAACAUCUUUUUAUAAUAA